CCUCGGCCCCAGCAGACACUACUCCUGUCCAUGCUCCUCCUCCUUGCUCUAGAACUGGAAUUGAUCUCUAUGCCUGCGCCUACUCCGACACCUCAGCCUAACACUCCUACUAUAGGCUCCCUCUAUGCCAACAUCGAUGAGCUAUUUGGAGAUGUUGGUGGUAGCCUCGGCGACAAAGUGAACGAGCCUCCUCCUGGGCCAUAG